AUGUACCUAGCCUAUGUGGAGCCUAAAAGCUUGCCAUGGACCAGCGACACGCCUCCUGAUGAUUUCCCUGACUUGUCAAAAGAGAAGUGCGAUGCUAUGCUAGACUUGGUCAAGCUUUGGGACGCCAAUGGACUUGUGAUGUUCCGGAAGGUAGCGCCAACCUUCACUUGGCAGCAGUGCUCCAUUAGGUUUUUCAACAAUUACAAAAAUGAAGCCGCUGAUCGAAUGAUAGGCGACCGUCCCUUCAAAAUUGGAAGCGAGCCAGACUUCCGGGGGUGUCCAGAGCUCUCCCGACUGCUCAAUUGCGGCGACCAUUUAGGCGUUGAGUUUGCAACCGGCAGCCAUCGGAACUACUUCAAAGAUUUUGGACUUUUGCCUGACCAUGAGGAGCUCCGAAGCGACAAGGUCUUCAGAGGAGAUCGUAGGGUUCAAGAGCUUGUCAUUGAUGACUUCUACGCUGUAGGUGUGUUCCCCACUGGUAAUGCCUUGGAUGCAGUAGACAUGAAUGAUGCUUCAGCAGAAGGGUCUGCACUGCCAUGCUUUAGGAAAGCCCAAGCAGCCUAUCAAGUCGCUGGACUCCUUGGUUCCAGUGACAAGGACAUAGUGGAUGAGUGCAAGGCCAAAGUCACAGGUUGUGAGCUUGACUCCAGCCCUCACACCCGAAGCCUUGGCCUCACGUUGCUGGCCGCUCCAGCCAAAAAGAGGCUAGCCUAG